CUGUUCCUUGAGUACCUCUCUCACUGGGACCGACCACAGCAAGCAGAGGCUGAAAAAGUGAGAGCAAAGAGGAGGAACACAAAAGCUGCCAGUGAUGGAAGAUGUAAAGGGUCCUGGACUGAAGAGAUUUUGUUCCAAAAAUAUACUGGUCAUUGUUGGCUUCUCCUGUGUCAUGGCUGUGAUUGCUUUGAUUGCUGUGGGGCUGACCCAGAACAAAGCAUUGUCAAAAAAUAUUAAGUAUGGGAUUGUGCUGGACGCCGGCUCUUCUCACACGACUCUGUAUACCUAUAUGUGGCCGGCAGAAAAGGAGAACGACACAGGGGUGGUGAAUCAGAUAGGACAGUGCCAGGUAAAAGGUCCUGGAAUCUCAAAAUAUGCUUAUAAACCACAUGAAUUAAGCAUUUAUUUGACUGAAUGCAUGGAAAAAGCCAGGCAAAUGAUUCCAAUCUCCCGGUACCACGAGACACCCCUUUACCUGGGAGCCACGGCAGGCAUGCGGCUGCUCAGACUUAAAAACCCAAAUUUGGCGGAGAAGGUCCUGACUAAGGUGACAGAGAUCCUCGAAAACUACCCCUUUGACUUCAAGGGUGCCAGAAUCAUCACGGGCAUAGAGGAAGGCGCCUAUGGCUGGAUUACUAUCAACUACCUGCUGGGGAAAUUCACGAAGACAAUAACGUGGUUCAGCCUGUUGCCAAAUGAAAGCACUAGCCAGGAAACUUAUGGGGCUUUGGACCUGGGGGGAGCCUCGACACAAAUCACUUUUGUGCCCGAAAACCAGAUGAUUGAGUCUCCAGACAAUGCUCUGUUCUUCCGCCUGUAUGGCAGGGACUACAACGUGUACACACACAGCUUCUUGUGCUACGGGAAGGACCAAGCGCUCUUGAGAAAACUCGCCAAGGACCUUUGGGGUACAAACGGAAUCAUCAGUGACUCAUGUUUUAACCGUGGAUACAGCAGGGUAGUGAACAUAAGUGACCUUUACAACAGCCCCUGCACCAAGGAAAAACAGCCGGUUCUCCCAUCCCAAAAGUUGCAAAUCCACGGCGCUGGAAACUAUCAGGAAUGUCAGAAAAGUGUCCUUAGACUCUUCAACGUCAGUUACUGCUCUUACUCCAGCUGUGCCUUCAAUAAUGUUUUCUUGCCGAAACUUCAAGGACAUUUUGGGGCAUUUUCAGCUUAUUACUAUGUGAUGAAGUUUUUAAAUGUCACAUCACAGGAACCCCACUCUCUGAAACAGAUGACUGACAUGAUGGAAGAGUUCUGCUCUCGGUCUUGGGAAGAGCUGAAGGAACAUUUUGGUAACGUGAAGGAGAAGUACCUGAGUGAAUACUGCUUUGCUGGAACCUACAUUGUCGCUCUCCUUCAGAGCGGCUAUCAUUUCACGCCUGAUUCCUGGGAGAAAAUUCAUUUCAUGGACACGAUCCGGAAUGCUGAUGUGGGAUGGACUUUGGGCUACAUGCUGAACCUGACCAACAUGAUCCCAGCUGAGCAGCCGAUGUCCACACCUCUCCCCCAUUCCACCUAUGUCUCCCUCAUGGUCCUCUUCUCCCUGAUCCUGGUCGCGCUGAUGAUCUUAGCCUUGAUUAUCUUUCACAAUCCUUCAUAUUUCCGGAAAGACUUGGUAUAGCACGAGCAGCUGAAAUCUGCUGGCUGGAGUGAGGAAAAAACUUGUCCAGGGAGCACUUUCCUUUACAGUAGUGUACAAGGUCAUCUUCCUUGCUCACCAAGGCCAGUCUUGACCUGUAUGAAGCUUCCUUGGCUUUGCUGAAGUCUUUCCUUGGAAAGUAUUCACCACCUUCUGCCUCAAGAACUUCCUCGGCAGAUGCUGUCUCUUGUGUCCCACUCUGACCCUUUCUUUUUUGUACUCUGUGCUCCUGUUGGUCUUAAAAACCUGCCAUCUUUCAUGAUCUUUGCUUUAGAAAAGAACAAUAUUGGCUUUGUCCAGAAGAACAGAAUCCUGACUCCUACGCUGGGAGGUUGUGCUGGCUAAAAGGAGAAUCUCAGCUGUAUUCUUACAGACCCUUUCUCGUUUCCCAUUUAUUAAAGCCAUACAAUGCCUUUGGAGAGGGCAGACACAUA